UUGGCUAUUGGCACUGAUCUUGUGCAGAGAAUAAAGAAAGAAGAAAGAUUCCUUCUUCUUCCUGGAAGCCUCACCUUUUGCCACCCUUGUUGUGCUGGACUAUCACUGUGUGACAACUCCACAGUCUUGGUAUCAUUUCAUCUGUCUCUUAUGACCCCUUCCCCCCCUCUUUCCCCAAAUAAGCCCAUGGAAAUGUGCUUAUGUUUAGAGGCUUAAGAAUUUGAAUAAAUUAGAUGCUUUUGCCCAACCCUAGAAUAAAGGCUGUAGUUAUUUUAACAACAAAAAAAAUCCUGCAGUCUUCAGCUAUUUCUGGAUGUAGACUGGUAAUUAGCAUGCCAUUUGUAAUUCACUGCUGUCUCAGGCUCUGUUUGUUUCCUUGUUCUAACGCACUGCGUUUGGGAGACUGGAUUUAUCUCAUUUGGAUAUGUGAUUUUUGUAGAGACCUCUAAAAUGUCAUCAUGAGAUUGAUCAUUUUCUGGAGCUAAAGUUCACCAGACCUGGUAUUUGCCUCACAAUUGUUAGCUUCUUGUGGGGUGUUCGGUGGAGUAGUGUAACAGCUUGCUAGGUUGGAGUUAGAUGGUAUUUAGUUUGAAGGAAAACUGUUACAUCAGCUACAGCAAGACGGAGGCUUCCUGGAGAAAAACAUACCUCAUGAGAAGAGCAGUGAGCGUGCCUGAGGGGAAAGACAAGCCCAAGAGAAAAGACAAGGCAGAAAGCAGUUGAACAUCCCAAGUGGCUGCAACCCAAGGAAAGGAUGCUGGCUACCCAAUGGUUCAUUAGAACUACAUUUUAGAAAGGGAAAUAGUCUCAGCAGGACAACUUCCGUGGCUUCCUGGUUCACCAUGGCCUUGAUUCUCUGGUUGGACGGCUGAAACCAUUGUGUGUCCAAUACUUGUUUUUUGUCUCUGGCCGGUCUCCUGGUACCAUCUGCUCACAGGAUCUGGUGAGAAUCAUAUGCUACCAAAGGUUGCAAUCCGGAGAGAGAUGGACUCCGACAAGCUAAAAUGGAAGUAACUUGACAGCUUCAAUCCCUCCAGUUGCCUCUUGUAAGGACAAGUUAAGAGUGGGAACACAAACGUGUCUGGGAGAGCAGUAUGCAGGAAGCUGGUUUUCAGGCCACAAACGCUUUCACAGAGUGCAAAUUCACCUGCACCAGUGGUAAAUGCUUGUAUCUUGGCUCGCUGGUCUGUAACCAACAGAACGAUUGUGGGGAUAACAGUGAUGAAGAGAACUGUCUACUAGUAACUGAACAUCCUCCUCCUGGCAUCUUCAACUCUGAACUGGAGUUUGUCCAGAUCAUUAUCAUCAUUGUUGUGAUUACGGUGAUGGUUGUGGUGAUCAUUUGCUUGUUGAAUCACUACAAGCUCACAACACGGUCCUUCAUCAACCGGCAGAGUCAAAACAGGAGGCAAGAAGACACUUUGCAGCCGGAAGGGUGCUUGUGGCCUUCAGACAGCUCAGGACCACGGCAGGCUGCUUCAGAGAUUAUGUAUGCUCCCCGGACUAGGGACAGAUUUACUGCCCCAUCAUUUAUGCAGAGGGACCGUUUCAGCCGCUUCCAGCCCACCUACCCUUAUGUACAGCAUGAGAUUGAUCUUCCUCCCACGAUCUCCCUUUCUGAUGGGGAGGAGCCUCCACCAUACCAGGGACCCUGUACCCUGCAGCUUCGGGAUCCUGAACAACAGAUGGAACUCAAUCGAGAAUCUGUCAGGGCCCCACCCAACCGAACUAUAUUUGACAGUGAUUUGAUAGAUAUUUCUAUGUACAAUGGGGGCCCAUGCCCACCAAGCAGCAAUUCGGGCAUAAGUGCAACCAACUGUAGCAGUAAUGGAAGGAUGGAAGGACCACCCCCAACUUACAGUGAGGUGAUGGGUCAUUACCCUGGCUCCUCUUUUUUCCAUCACCAGCACAGCAACACCCAGAGGGGAAACAGACUUCAGUUACAGCAGAACAAUUCAGAGAGCACAAUAGUACCUAUCAAAGGCAAAGACAGGAAACCUGGGAAUCUUGUCUGAUUUCCUCCUCUAGGCACUUCAGAGGAAGAGAAGAGAAAUCAAUAGGAGAGAGUCGCCCAUCCAGGCCUGCCUCCUAUGCACAAUGUUUCGAAGUUUUACAUGGUACAUCUGAGUAAAACCAAAUGUGCAAACGUGUUCUUUGUUUCUGAUUCCUUUCAGGGGAAUUGCAUGCAAAGUGGAUUGAAAUAUUACAGACUUCCAUUCAGGUUGACCAUGAACAGUGGCUUUUUUUGGGG